AUGAGCCUGUGGAGCCAGAGCACCCUGGCCCACUCCACGCAGCUGCUCUACGCCGGCUUCGCGCAGGACAGCCCGGCCAGGAAGGAGGCGUCGGGGACCUCGGGCUCCCCGGAAACGGUUGGCAUGUGUACGCUCACGGUGGGCUGCAAAUCCGGGUAUAAGAUCUUCUCUCUGGAGGCCGUGGACAAGCUGGAGCAGGUCUACCAGUGCUCGGAAGCCAAGGACGUGUACAUCGUGGAAACGCUCGUGUCGUGCAACGUGGUGGCCUUGGUCAGCCUGCAGGCUCCCCGCAAGCUCAAGGUGUGCCACCUCCACACGCGCCUGGAGCUCUGCAGCUACAGCUACUCCCGCAGCGUGCUGGCCGUGAGGCUGAACCGGCAUCGCAUGGUGGUGUGUCUGGAGGAGGCCCUCUUCUUUUACAGCUUUCAGGACCUGAGGCUUCUGCACGUGAUCAGCGAGACCCCCUCCAACGAAACCGGCCUGUGCGCGCUGCACGACAAUUACCUGGCCUACCCGGGCAGCGUGAGCAUGGGCAAGGUGCACGUCUUCGACACCAUCCACCUGCGGGCCGCCACCAGCAUCCUGGCUCACAACAGCCCCUUGGCUGCACUGGCCUUCGACGCCACUGGGUACAAGCUCGCCACAGCCUCGGAGAAGGGGACAGUCAUCAGGGUGUUCUCCAUUCCCGAGGGCCAGAAGCUCUAUGAGUUCCGGAGGGGACUCAAGAGGUGCGUUCAGAUCUGCUCGCUGACCUUCAGCCUGAAGGGCCUGUUCCUCUGUGCUUCCAGUAACACCGAGACGGUGCACGUCUUCAGACUCCACACCGAGGCCGAGCUGCAGGAGCAGGAUGCCACCUGGACCGGCUAUUUGGGGAAAUUGCUCGUGGCUUCUAGCAGCUACUUGCCUACACGGGUGACAGAAAUCAUCAGCCAGGGCAGGGCCUUUGCCACAGUCCACUUACCUUUCUGUGACCUCAAAACCAGCUGCUUCCUUGCCACAAUUCAGAAUGUCCCCCAGUUGCUGGUGGCAGCUUCCAAUGGAUACUUAUACAUCUACAACCUGGACUCCCAGGACGGAGGUGAGUGUACACUGCUGAAAAGGCACAGCUUAGGUGAGUGAUAUUUUGGACUUGGCCUCAUAUAGCUGACCCUCUCUCAUAUCUACAGCUGUCGUGGAAGGUAUUUAUGUACCUCGGACCCACAAGAAAACCUGGUGAGGGCUGCCACACAGACUCUACCUAGACGAGCUGGGGCAGGGGAGAAACCUUUCUUGCAUUCUUGGGACUGAGUGAUCUUGUCCUGUGAACUCUCAUCCUGGGAGAAGAGGACACAGGUUUGACAGGACUUUGUGUUAGGCUGCUGUGAACUUUGGCCUGAGCUGGAAGAGGUUGACAGGGACAGGAAAAAAAAAAAAAAGGACAUUAGCUGUGUGCUGUAUUGUAAUUCCUUGUUGUUGAGAAACGUGUUUUUUGUACAGUGGCUCUUAAUCCUGUUUAUGAAUUUAACUGUUCGUUUUCUCUUUCUGCCAAGAUUAACUGUUAGAGAAUCAAUAGUAAUAAAAAAAAAUUUAAAAAACUAAGUUAGUUGUUGGAAGUAGCUAUAAGUAUAAACCCUUGGGACUCAAUAUUUGUAUUUCAGGAGUUAUUUACUGAAGAGAGAAAGUCACUUACUGCAGUGAGUGUGCUCAUGCUUCAUUCUUUCCUCAGUGUCACCAUCUUUUACUCUGUUUUCACAUUCAUUUGUUUGGAAUACUCACUGAAAAACCAACCCCCACUUACAUGUGCUGUAGCUAUAUCCUUGGAUUUGCCUGCACUGUGUCUUUAUACUUCUCUCUACCUUUCAUUUUUCAAAACUGACUUUUCUCCUAAGGAUAUAAACACACUUGGCAUUCUCCCUUUAGAAAAAAAUAAAUAAAGUUAAAAAAAAAUCUGCCUCCAUUUUAUCCUUAAGUAAAAUUUUCACUUUUCCUUCAAGUAGUUAAACAAACCUUCACUGACUUUUGGUCUGCCUUUGUCAUUUGCUCUUCAAUUUCUUAAGUUUGUUGCAAUAAAAUUUCUCUUUGAAACCAA